AUGGUGGUUAGGUCAUUGCUUUACGGUGUACUUAAUAGGAUCCCCAUAGUAAAUAAGCUCAGCAAUAAUAGUACACAUACAGAAAACUCUCCAAAUCGGUCUCCACAAUCAAGAAGAAAAAGUCGUCGUGCUGGUAGAAAAGGCAAGCAAGGCUAUUCCACUCCUCGACAACAAGCUUCUAAUAACAGCUGUAGCAGCUGUAGCAACUGUAGUAGCAGUAGCAAUAGCAUCACUAGCAGCUGUAGCAGCUGUUGUAGCAGUUCCGAAUUUGAGGACAACGGGGAGAUUAGGCCCAUCCAAAUAACGGAACAAUAUCAAAGUCCAAGGGAUAAGUUACAUUCAAGAAUUAUAGAUAAUAGAGCUAGAUCUGCAAGUUUGUCACCAAUACCCACAUUAAAUCCAUCGGAAAUGUCCUCAACUACAAGUUUCACUGCAUCUCCUAGAAAGAAGACUGCCGAAGAAUUGGAUUCUGAAAUUGUGCUUGGUACACCUCAUAGGAGGAAUUUGAGUGCAAGGAAUUUGAGUGUUGUUGAUAAAAGCAAUAUCAGGCCAGUAUCGCUAAGACUAAGCAAAAAGAAUAAUAAUAAUAACAACAACAACAACAACAACAAUAAGCUCAACCAUAAAUGUUCAUUUUCUUCCAUUGCUGAAUCAAAAGAGGAAGAAAUUGCAAACACCAGAGUUGACCAAUACCUCAAUGAACAAAACGAUAAAUUUAACCAACUAAUUUCCAAAAAUAUAGAUGUUGUAUUGAACCCUGAACAAAUUCAAGCACAGCAGACCCAAGAGUCGUUAGCUGAACUAGCAAAUAGUACAAAACCAAACCGAGUACUACUCAAAAUGGCAUAUGAUAAUAAAGGGGCAAUUGCUUCAAGUUUAUUUCGAUUUGGAAAACAGACUUUGAGUUCAAAGCUACCUCAUAUACCUUAUUUCAAUGAUAAAACAAAACAAGAGGAUCAACCUCCAUCCCCGUCUUCUUCUCCUUCUUUUCCAUUUCCAUUUCCAUCCCAAUCUCAGUCCCAAUCCCAAUCCCAAUCCCAAUCUCAAUCUCCGUCGAGGUCUCAGCUUCAGUCUCAAUCCAGAUCUCAAUUCCAACAGACUGCUGCCAAAGAUGUAGAAAUAGAAGCUGAUACCGACGUUGAAAGCGAUUACACUUUAUCCACAACGAAACAAAGUGGUUUGGGAAGCCCCAUGAAUUUAUUUAAACAGAAUAAUCAAGUAAUUGAGUAUGAUCCAUUGGCAAUCACCAUGACGAGCGAGCAAAACAAAAUAGAUCAACGAGAUUUUGAUCAGUUAAUGACAAAUCUAGAUGAUGAAGUCAAGAUCGAUAUUUUCUUAGAUUCCUUGGAUACAGAGACUAAACUCAAUUUGUACCAUCUGUUGCGUAAAGAUUUACAAGUUUUUGAGUAUGAGAAUGCUUCCACGCUGAGUGUGAAGAACAUUUAUUACAAUAAAGAUAUAUCGACCAUGGACAAGAUUCAAAUAUUCAUAAUAAUAUCUGUUAAAUUGUUGAUAACUGGUAUCAAGCUAUUCAUACCAAUCACCAAGUAUCUUGUUCAUAAAUUUCUGAAGAAUGAGCUAUUCAUAUUUAAUGCCAAAAAUACUAAUAAGUUUAUUGAUUUCAUACUUCGGUUUAUGAACUAUUUGGACACUAAGCUCAAUUCAAAUGAAGAAUUUAUAGAUCGAGUAGCACAACAUGAUUAUGUUAAAGCAGAAGAGAAUUUUGAAGAUUUGUAUCAAGAUCUCACAAAUAAAACAAAAGAUUACUUUAGACCUAGUGCCAUAAAGGAUAGGUUUUUAGCCAAGGAUGAUUAUGUUAAAAGAGGAAUGUACGACUAUUUAGUUGGAAAUUUUGCAAGUGGUUCCUCAAAGGAAAGGAAUUACCAUGAGAAUCCACAAUAUGCCAUGUACUAUAAUGCUGGUAAGUUGGAUAAUAACAGUAGAAGGAAUGAUAACGUGAGAAGAUCAAAUUUCGGUGGUGUUUCAGCGGGUAGUAGCAGAGGUGGCAUAAAAAGAAGCUCUACAGCCACCUCAUUUUCAUCGAUGAAUGGAGGAGUUGAUGGUAAUAGUAAUGAUGAAAAUAUUUCAUUCAUGGAAGUUGCCGAUCGAUUCAUCGAGGAGUUGGAAAAUGGUGUGUGUUAG